AGCGAAGGUUGCGUGGCUCCUUAGUGGUGGAUGCUCGAAUGGGUAGAUGAUUAAGAAGCGAAAAGCGAUGAGUAGCCUGGGCUUCGCGCCGGCAGGUUCUGAUAUUCCCGGCCGCCGACGAUAGCAAAACGUGGGAAUGGGAUGCCAUUUUGCCUUCACCUUCUCUGUUUCGCGUUUAAACUGAAACUUGUUGACCAGACACUGCAUAGCAAUUACAGGUGUUUUCCUCAAGAAAGAAGAACG